ACCGGCCUCUCCCCCUUCCAGCUUCGCAGGCUACCUACCCACGCAGGCACGCACGCGAGCGACGCACGCCUCUCCUCCGUUCCCAGUCCGCAAAGUCUCAAACCCAGACGGGAACGUGACGUGCCGAGGACCACCAUAAGAUCUCAACGUGUACGCGACGCGACCAAGCUCAGCUCCAGCUCCAGCUCCAGCUUCCGCUCCAAUGGCUUCCCACCCUCCUCCCGAGCCUUCUUCCAACUCGAACAAGGGGUGGGCCGAGCCGGAGGAGAUCCACGUCUCCUCCGGUGGCGUCCAGGCGUACACCGACGACGACGCCGACUGCGAGGGCAGGCGCCCUUUGCUGCUCGGGACUCCAGCCUCCGCCGAGUGCUACUCCGUCUCCGCCGCCGCCCUCCCGUUCUUCUUUCCAGCUUUGGGAGGCCUUCUCUAUGGCUAUGACAUUGGGGCAACAUCCGGGGCGACCAUAUCGCUCAAGUCUUCGACAUUCAGUGGUACAACCUGGUACAAUUUAUCAUCUGUGCAGACUGGCCUUGUGGUCAGUGGCUCACUGUAUGGUGCUUUGAUCGGCUCUGUCUUGGCAUAUACUAUUGCAGACUAUUUAGGGCGACGCAAAGAGCUUAUCCUUUCUUCUAUCUCAUAUUUGAUUGGAGCCCUUCUGACAGCAGUAGCACCCAACUUCGCUAUCAUGGUGGUUGGCCGCUUUUUAUAUGGAAUAGGAAUUGGAUUGGCUAUGCAUGCUGCUCCAAUGUAUAUUGCAGAGACUGCACCAAGCCAGAUAAGAGGCAUGCUCAUUUCUCUAAAGGAGUUCUUUAUUGUUCUUGGGAUGCUUCUUGGUUAUAUAGCAGGCAAUCUCUAUGUGGAAGUGGUUUCCGGUUGGCGUUAUAUGUAUGCCACCAGUACACCAUUAUGUCUCGUAAUGGGAGUCGGAGUGUGUUGGUUACCCUCGUCACCUAGGUGGCUCCUGUUAUGUGCCAUACAAGGGAAGGGAAACCUGCUGGAGACAAAAGAAAUUGCAACCCGGUGCUUAUGUCGAUUGAGGGGUCAAGCUUCGCCUGAUUUGGUCUCAGAUCAGGUUAACUUGAUUCUGGAGGAACUGUCGUAUAUUGAUCAAGAGAAGCAAGUUGGCUUCAGGGAGAUCUUUCAAGGAAAAUGUCUUAAAGCAAUGAUAAUUGGAUGUGGUUUGGUGUUCUUUCAGCAGGUCACUGGUCAACCUAGCGUGCUAUAUUAUGCUGCUACAAUCUUUCAGAGUGCUGGAUUCUCUGGGGCAUCUGAUGCCACUCGUGUGUCAAUUCUUCUAGGUUUACUGAAGUUGAUCAUGACUGGAGUAGCAGUCCUCGUGGUUGACAGGCUUGGCCGAAGACCGUUACUCAUUGGAGGUGUCAGUGGAAUUACUGUUUCCUUAUUUUUGCUGUCCUCCUACUACACCUUACUGAAGGAUGCCUCCUAUGUGGCUGUCAUAGCACUUCUACUGUAUGUUGGCUGUUACCAGCUGUCAUUUGGUCCUAUUGGCUGGCUUAUGAUCUCGGAAGUUUUCCCAUUGAGACUGCGAGGCCGUGGAUUGAGCGUUGCUGUUCUUGUGAAUUUCGCAUCCAAUGCGCUGGUCACCUUUGCUUUCUCUCCACUGGAGGAUUUGAUUGGAACGGGGUUGCUCUUCUGUGGAUUCGGGGUGAUCGCAGUGGCAUCUCUCGUCUUCAUAUUCUGGAUCGUCCCGGAGACGAAGGGACUCACCCUGGAGGAGAUUGAAGCGAGUCUGUAGUAGAUUAAUCCAGAAGAAUGCUCAUUCGUCCAAGUUUCAGUUAACUGAAGGAACUGCUGGUAUCAUUUUGCAGUCAGCCUUCUUCUGUAGCUAGCUUGUUCAGAUUUCUGCAAGCUGUUGUAUUACUGUUUCCUGGUAAAGAUUAAUUCAUGAGGUGUUCUUAUCAGAGGAGCAUUGCAUUGCUGCUGUAGACUGUAGAGCUAGCACUGGGGUCACCCUAAAUGAAACAGUAGCCGGCUGCCUGCUGUGGGCUACAAUGAUAGUAGACGGGCCAGUUUAUUAUGGGCCUUAUGCUACAUAGUUGGAAGUGCUGUUUGCACCUAACCGGGCCGACCACUAUUUUCUUAGAAUUGUGCAUUGAUGACAGAAACAUUUCACUGAA